UCGGUUUCAAGAUGUCACGAGAAGCAACAGACAACACUGCAGAACCCCCUUUUACUACUGCAGAAAACGAAGAACAGGAUCUGCAUCUCUCCAUCGAGGAGCUGUCCACGUCUCUGGUGGAACUGUACCAGAUCUUACCUCCUCUCGUGAGCCAGGCUCAGAGCCUCGCCUCAGAGCUGGACAAACACUCCCACUUCUUCACUCAACGUCUUCAAUCACAUCAAGAAGACAACACUAAUACUUCAACUACCAGCUGACUACGCCCAUGGCCACGCCCACUGUACAGGAACCAGAUUUGCCUCCCGAGCCGAUUCCCAGACCACACCUCCAUGUCUGGUGUGGUCGCUAUUGGCGACUGGGUCUCAAGAUAUCGGUGACGCUGCUGUACCUGUUUAUCCUGUUGGUGUGUCUGCCACUGCUGGUGUGGGAAUUGUUCAGGGAGCACGCCAAGACCACCUUUUCCGCCUGGUUCGUGGCCGGCAUCUUCAUGCUCCUCACCCUCCCCAUCUUCCUCUGGGGACUCCUUCAACACCUGCUCAACUACUCACAACCCCACCUCCAGAAACAAAUCAUUCGCAUUUUGUGGAUUGUACCCAUCUACUCCAUCGACAGUUGGCUGGGUCUGAGGUUCCCAACGACAGCCAUAUAUUGGAACACAGUGCGAGAGGUGUACGAGGCUUACGUCCUCUACAAUUUCCUCUGCUACCUGCUCAACUUCCUUCAGUUUGAGCAUCCAGACUUGGAGGAGAAGCUCACUCUGCGAUCGCCCGUCAGGCACCCCAUCCCUUGCUGCUGCCUCAAACCGUGGCCUGGAGGACUGCGCUUCCUCCGAUGGUGUAAGGUCGGAGUUCUCCAGUACACAGUCAUUGAGAUUCUUACGACCCUUAUAGCUUUAAUCACCGAGUUGGCUGGGGUGUACAAAGAAGGUCAUUUCGGCCCAGAUGGAUCCUACGUGUACCUGGCCACCCUCAACUUCUUCUCAGUCUGCAUUGCCAUCCACUCUCUCCUCUACUUCUACAAGGAACCAGGCACCUCCUCAAACCCAUCAAUCCCAUGGGGAAGUUCCUCACAAUCAAAGCAAUCAUUUUCUUCUCCUUUUGGUAAGCAACAGGCAGUCAGUCCUGAUAGCCUUGCUGGUGAAGCUGAAAGCGCUCCCUCCCUCAUGGAGGCAGUACGAUAUGGAAAACGUGGCUCUGGGGCUCCAGAACUUCCUCAUCUGUGUGGAGAUGUUGGUGGCUGCCUCUGCACACUACUUUAUCUUUUCCCACAAACCCUUCGUCGACCCUGCUGCUGCUAAGGUGCCGUGUCUGACUCUCUGUGUGAGGAUGUUGGACGUGAGAGACGUCUACGGAGAUGUGAAGACUCAUUUCGUUGACCCAAUCCCUCGACCCACUCUCACUGGUUUGAAGAGGUCGACGAGGUCAGAGGGUGAGAUUAAUGAGAAAAACCCUCUCCUCCACUCCUUUCCAGUGCCUCCUCCCCACACUUCCUCUCCUCCCCCUCCUCCUCCUCCUCCUCCGGCUCGUCGGACGUUUGCUGAGACGGUGGAGUUCAGUCAUCUUGUUCUCGCCGUGGACACAACUCAUCGCAGAACCAAUCCAGCUGUCUCUAGUGACGGACAUGAGGACGAAUCUGAACAGCUGUCAACUGCUCAAUAAUUAUUACUCCGCUGCAUAAUCAACAACACUUUUUCACUGCA